GGUGCGCGGGCCUCGUGUUGCGCGUGCGCACUGAAGCCUCGUGCUGCUCUGAUAAGAAUGGUCUGUGGAGCGCGCUUCGUUGUUGUAGGUUAAACAAGUUACGAGAAAAGCUGCACUUUUUCCUUGUAAAGUGGACCAGAAUUUGAUGGGAGAUACUGGGUUGCACGAAGGCGAUUUGAUUAGUGGCAUGUUGAACACUGAGUCCCCGGUCAUGGAGAGUAACGGGGACGCGCUGCUUCCGGACCCCGCGCUGGGGCAAACGGGCGAAUGGCCACUGGAUCAGGUCGCUCCAGAUUCCAUGAACAACAUGGUCGCCAAUGAAAACCAGGAGGUGCCACAGCAGAAGACUGUGGAGCAGGUUCAGCUCAGCAGCACUCAGAUCAUCCACGAAGAACACACUGCACCACAACCUCCUGAAGUCCCCCCACCACCUGCAGAACCAGACAUAACACAAGUCCAGCCAAUGGCACUAGAGUCCAAGGACAACAGUGAAGUUUUACCAGAUGUAACACAGCCCUCAGAAGAUGGAAUGGAGUUAGAAGAGCCAUCCAAAGAAGGAGAGUCUGAAGUCGCUGCUUCCGUUGAGUCUCUGCCCAGUGAAUUUGACAAACUCUUUAAAGGUUGCCAGGACAACCCUGAGGACUUCAAUGCUUGGGUCUAUCUUCUGCAGUAUGUUGAGCAAGAAAAUUCUCUUGAUGCUGUCACAAAGGCAUUUGACCAUUUCUUUCUGCGCUAUCCCUACUGUUAUGGCUACUGGAAGAAGUAUGCCGACCUGGAGAAAAAACAUGGAAACAUACAAGUAGCAGAAGAGGUGUACAGACGAGGCCUGCAGGUGAUCCCUCUCAGUGUAGAUCUAUGGCUGCACUACAUGACCUUCAUCAAAGAGAACUCUGACCCCAACGACCCGGAAACAGAAGGACGAAUCCGAGCUGCGUAUGAGCAUGCAGUCCUUGCUGCUGGGACAGACUUCCGCUCUGACCGUCUGUGGGAGUCCUACAUAAACUGGGAAAUCGAGCUUCAGAAACUGUCUCACGUCACGGCCAUCUACGACCGCCUCCUGGGGAUCCCCACACAGCUGUACUCACAGCACUUUCAGAAGUUCAAAGAGCACGUGCAAAACAACCACCCCAAACACUUCCUGGCAGAGGAGGAGUUUGUGCAGCUCAGAGUGGAGCUGUCUAAGGCCAGUCUGUCUGCGAUGGUGGGAGAGGACGGAGACGCCGCUGUGCCCCCCGAGGAGCUGCCCCCGGGCACAGACGACCUGCCCGAUCCCGCAAAGAGAGUGACGGAGAUUGAGAAUAUGCGGCACAAGGUCAUAGAGGUGCGACAGGAAAUCUUCAACCACAACGAGCAUGAAGUCAGUAAGCGCUGGGCUUUUGAGGAAGCGAUAAAAAGGCCAUACUUUCACGUCAAAUCCUUAGAGAAGACUCAGCUGCAAAACUGGAAGGAGUACCUGGAUUUUGAGAUAGAAAAUGGCACUCCGGAGCGAGCUGUAGUUCUGUUUGAAAGAUGCCUCAUCGCUUGUGCGCUCUACGAGGAAUUCUGGAUCAAGUAUGCAAAAUAUCUUGAGAGCUACAGCACGGACGGAGUGAGGCAUGUGUAUAAGAAGGCCUGCACAGUUCAUCUGACCAAGAAACCCACCAUCCACCUGCUCUGGGCCGCGUUUGAGGAGCAACAAGGUGAAGUAGAAGAGGCCCGUAGCAUCCUUCAGUCCCUGGAGUCGAUCAUCCCAGGGCUGGCUGUGGUGCGUCUGCGGCGGGUGAGUCUGGAGCGGAGACACGGACGGAUGGAGGAGGCCGAGGCUCUGCUGACUGAGGCCAUGACCACGGCCAAAACUCCAACAGAGGCUUCGUUUUAUGCUGUGAAACUCGCACGCCAUUUCCUCAAAGUGCACAAAAGCCAGGAGCACGCCAAGAAGACGCUAAAGGACGCCAUUGACAGAGACCCGACGAAUCCUAAACUUUAUUUAAACCUCCUGGAACUGGAGUACAACGGUGACAUUGCUCAUAAUCAGAGUGAGAUUCUGUCGUGUUUCGACCGAGCGAUAAAGAGCCCCAUGGCCCUGGAGUCCCGCCUCCUCUUCGCCCAACGCAAAGUCGAGUUUCUGGAGGAUUUUGGCACAGACAUCAAUGUGCUGGUAGCUGCUCACGAUGAACACAUUAAACUAAAGGAAGAAAGUGAAUCAUUAAAAAGGAAAGCAGAGAAUGUGUACGAUGGCACUGGGGAGCCUGAUGCAAAGAAGCAGAGAGUGGAGGACGGCACGGAAGCUACAGAUCCUGCAGCAGCGGCUGCCAUGACGGACAUGACUGCGAAUAACUCGGCAUACAACUACAACUGGUACCAGCAGCAGUAUGGCACUUGGGGUCAAAACUCCUGGGGACAGUACAAUCAAUACGCCCAAUACAACCAGUACUACCCACCCCCUCCCACAUGAUUGACAGGUGUCUGAUCUGAAGAGGAGACUGGAGCCAGCGUCCUUUCUGAGCUCAACCUGCCCUAUAGAGACGACAAGACCCGUUUUAACAGGCUGUCAAGGAAUGUCACGUAUUUUAUGGACUAAACUACUGGAGUACUGACCUGCCAUAGUGUUUUCCAUUGAUGAAGACUAAAAUGAUGUUCCAUACCAUAUUCAAAUUAUUUUUUUGUUUUUACUAAUUUUUGUUGAGCAUCCCAUAGCAUAAAACAAAAUGGUAAAUAUAUUUGUUCAACAUUUCAGUGCAGAAUUUUCACUUGUUUGAUUCUACUAAACCUAAAAAUUUAGACCUACGAAAUAAUAUAUUUUCCCCUAAUUUUGGAUUACAGGUCUGCUUAUUAUAUUGGCAUAAAGUGACUAUGCAUUGCUAAUAACAUCUAUAAAAAGACCAAAAUACAAGGAAAAAAUUUCAAAUUUCAUAAGCAGUAUAUUUGAAGAUUUGAUUUUGAUAUAAUUGAGAAUACCACACAAAAUUACACCUCUUUAGAUAAUACAACUUGAUACAUGAUAUUUGUACUUGAUAAAAUGUUUAAAAAUCCAUGAAACCUUUGAAAUUGUUAACAUUGCAAACGCCACGGUUGUAGUCAGUUAUCUAUGGUAAACACUGUUGUAGACCUGGUCCUCCUUGAUUGCCUCAGUAACAGAUCUAUCAGCUCUGUAUAAAACAUCUCAAAACUAUGACAACUUUUGAGUAGCAUGUGAAAUUUACGAAGGCUGGUUACUUUCUCCCCUGUAAGACUUAUUAUUUUUAGAUUGGAUGUUUUGCUUCAGUCUCUUUAAAUUUGUAAAAAGGAAACGGUGUGUUCACUGUCUUUGUUGAAUAGAUUUGAAUGACUUUUAAUAUUUCAUGGUUUGCAGAAGGAGAAGUUUGUUUUUUAUUUUGACUUGAUUUCAUAAUAAACCAGUAACUUGUGAGAAA